CUGGCAUUAUCCGCAGUGAAGAACAGAAAAAAAAAUCAAGAUUUGGGAACUCGAUUUACUAGGAGAACCGAUAGGGAAACUGUUGGAACCAAUUUUUUUUUUUGACAAAAAUCACUAAAAUCUAGGAUUGGGAACGUUUACCGGGAAAGCCGACAGGGAAACUGUUGGAACCGAUUUUUUUACAAAAAUCCUAACAUCUAGGAUUGGGAACGAUUUACAGAUCCUGUUGUUGUGAUUUUUGACCAAAAAAAAUCCCUAAAAUCCAGGAUUAGGAACGAUUUAUAGAUCCUACUGAUGAUGAUCUAAAGAUCAUCACCAACAUAAUCUUUAUAUAAUUCCCUGUCAAGUAAUAUGAGGUUUUUUGUUAAGAUUUUGUUCCAAUUCCCUAAUCUCAUACUCAAAAUUCUCUAUUCUAUACUCCGGGAUUGGCGUUUUCUUUUUCGCGGCACACGCGAUCUCGCUGGAGGAGCUGCUGCAAAACAAAUUUUUCUGGUGGAAAUUUUAUUGUGGCCCACCUUUUUAGUUUUUAGGAAACCAAUUUUACCCAAUCUCUUGGAGAGGAAAAUUUUAUCAUCUGUUUAGGAUUCCCAUAAUAAAAAAAUUAGGAAUAAAAUUUUAGGAUGUUGUUGGUGAUGCUCUAAUAAGAAGUGCAUAUUGGUAGGGAUGUAUAAGCUUGUAUAUUUAUAAUGUAAAGAAUACAUUUUUGGUUUGAAGCUCUUACCUUUGUUCUUCCAUUUAUGUAGAAAUGGACCAAUUAGUCAUUAGUACUCCCAAUUUUAAGCUAAAACUCGACCACAAUGAAUAUCGGUCAAUCAGGCCUCUGCCAGUGCCAAGGGAGAAAAACCACAGUAUUAGCUUUCCCCUAAUCUGAGGGCACAGUGCUCUCGAGCAUGUCUGCCACGUAGGAUACAGCACGUAACCAUCACACGCAUAUAUCCUUUAAUUUUUUUUCUUGUUGCUCUUGCCUGAAUUAAUUAACGUGUGUGCUUGCACAGCAGCCGACGUGUUUUACUGUUCCCCUCGGAUAUGAUCUACAGUUCAUCCCUUUCCUGUGCUCCCCUCUCUCUCUCUAAAGAAACAACAAUGCAGUCUCCUUCCCUCUAUCUCUGAAAGGGAUCACACACGAAUGAUCUAUACGCGGCCUAGAGUCCUCUCUCUUGGCUCCUUUAUAAAAGGGACAUACCUCCUUCUAGCAUCCUUAAUCGUGCUGGACCUCGCAAAAUUGCCCCUCCAACCGCAUCAACACUCGUCGCGCGAAGCGUACCAUCGUCUCUCUCAUCUUCCUCGCGGUCUCAUCCUGAUCGAUCUCUGCGAGUUUAUCCAAUAUCUGUACUCGCAAACUAGCUAGAGAGAUCUAGUUAGUAGCUAGGCAGUUGCUGCCUCUCAUGUCUACCAUCUACAUGAGUCAGCUCUCAGCUGCUCUCCCUCUCAUGGAGGGGGAGCACCACCAUCACCACCAGGAUCAUCACCAAGGCCACUUCCAAGCCUUCUCCCUGCAGCCUAAGGAUCCCCCAGUCUUAUUCCCCUUUGUGAUCAGUAGAAGAAGCAGCAGCAGCAGCCCUAGCGACAGCACCACUCUAAGCUAUGGUUCAGACCAUCACUUGACACAGCAGCAGCAGCAUCAGCAUCAAGCCAUGCUUGAGCCCCAAAAUAUGAUUGGAGGAUCAUCCGCUGGCAUCUUUGCGACGCCGUUCCCGACCGUCAAGAGCAUCCGCGACGACAUGAUCGAGCGGUCGCAGUUCGAUCCAUACGAUACCGAGAAGCUGCAGGCGAGCUGCGGGUUAGCCAAGGUCGUCGCCGGCGGCAAGUGGAGCGCGGUGCCAGCGGCCAAGAUGAAGAUCACGAGGAAGAUGGGUGAGCCGUCGUCCGGUGUCACUGGCGGGGCUGCGACGACGGUGGCGCCGAAGAAGCCGAGGAGGAGGCCGGCGCAGGCGUACGAGGAUCACGGCCAUGGCGGCGCCAUGGGCCAAGCUUUUGGCGUGAUUAGGGUGUGCUCCGACUGCAACACCACCAAGACUCCCUUGUGGAGGAGUGGCCCGUGCGGCCCCAAGUCGCUUUGCAACGCGUGCGGCAUCAGGCAGAGGAAGGCGCGGCGGGCGAUGAUGGCCUCCGGACUACCAGCGUCCCCCAACGCCGCCGGCCCCAAGGCGGCCGCACAUAGCGGCGCCGCUGCGGUGGCGGCUGCGCAGCCGAAGGUGAAGAAGGAGAAGAGAGCCGACGUCGACCGGUCGUCGCUGCCGUUCAAGAAACGGUGCAAGGUCGUCCAGGUCGAGGAUCAUCAAACGCUGCCCGCCGCCACAAACGCAGCCGCCGCAGCUGCCAUGGAGGAGACGGCCGAGUCCGCCACCGUCGCCCCGCCCCCGGCGCCGACGACGAGGGGUGGUACUCUCGUCGACAGCAUCGGGCUCAGCUGGAGCAAGACCCAUGCCGCCGCCACCGCCUCCUGCAGCUUCCGGCCGUCACCGGUGGCUCCCGGCUUCGCGGCGGCGGUGCAGGACGAGAUCACUGACGCCGCCAUGCUGCUCAUGACGCUGUCCUGCGGGCUUGUCCGGAGCUGAGAAAGAAAAGCUAUACUUCAUCUCUGCAUGCAUCCAUCGAUCGAUCGAUUGGCACCAAGCUAGAGAGACCAAUCGAUGGAGAUGGAGAGAGGUGCAGGCUUUUUGCAGCUAGUGCGUUAGCCUGUUCUUGCUCGCUCGAUCGAUCGUACACUGCCCCCCAGUUGGAAUGUCUCUUGGCGUCUUGUUUCCUGUUCGAGUCUUGUGAUCUCUGUUACUUUGUGCACUGUACUAGAGAGUGAGAGAGAGAGUGAGGUAGAAACAUCAAGAGGAGAUUAGAGGAGAAAGAAUAAUUAAGAGAAAAGUGUGAGCUAGCUAGGUAAGAUUUACUGUACUGUGAGUUCAAUUUGGAGUAAGCUUUUUUGGGCUGCUUCACGGCUAAUUAUGCCACUGGCUGCUAUAUAUGUAUGUUUGUUCUUCGUUUAAUUUGCCUUAAUUUUUUUAUUA